GUUAAUGCGCCUCUAACUUCGACAAGAACUUCGGCUUCUCCAUUCGAGAGCAAGAUCGGCGAUAACACGGUUCCAGAACGACGAUGAGGUAUAAUGUGGACCUGAACGAAGCUGAUUCUGAACCCCGUCGAUCUCUAACCCCAAAACUGGACGUCGAUUGGGUUCCUCUCAAGACCCACCCCGUUUUCACCGCCGCCACUGCCGUCGACUAUGACGAUUCUGUUUCUCCGCCUCUCAGAAGCCUUCUGGUCUCGGACGGCGCCUCUCGUCUCUACUUUUGGGACUCCACUAAACUUUGCUUGCACCGGAUUUCCAUCCGCCUCGGAGAACCUGAACCCACCUCCGUCCUCGCCGCUUCUCCUUCUAAAGUGUUGCAACCAGAUGUGCCACUCGACUUCGUGGUGCAUAAGAUUUCCAUCAAUAAGAAUGGAUCGGCAAUAGCCCUUGUGGGUCCAGGCGGGUUGUGGAUAAUGUACCUCUAUGGUCACAGUUCGACCAGAGAUAGUAGCACUGUCAUCUGUAGGACUGUUAGAGUUGGUCCACAAAUCUACAAUGGUGACCACGAUGUCAUACGCACGCUUCAAGUUUCUUGGCACCCAUAUAGUAACUUCCAUCUUGGAGUCCUUUCAUCUGAUUCUGUUUUCAGGCUUUUCAAUUUGUCUGCAGAUGGUGUGCAACCAGAGCAAGAAUAUUAUCUACAGCCAGUGGAACCUGGUCAAUCUAAAAAUGCCUCGUCAAUCUGCCCUGUUGAUUUUUCAUUUGGGGGAGAUCACUUGUGGGAUAAGUUCAGUGUGUUCGUUUUAUUCAGCGAUGGUUCAAUUUACAUCCUCUGCCCUGUUGUUCCAUUUAGAAGCACUUACAAGUGCGAAUCUAUAUUGGAGAUUUAUAAUGAUGCUCAGUCCUUUGGGUUAAAAUCAGCCAAUCCAACAGCUGUCAGUAAUUCCAGUCUUGCAAUCUCUUGGUUGGAAGAAACUUUUCCAAACUUAGUUCAAGCAACAGAUGGAGGAGAUAUGACUGUGAUAGUAGCCCAUCCUUGUGCUUUAUUUGAUGCGUCACUUGCAUUGCAGGGGCCUUUGAGGAGAGCAUGUAAUAAUGGAAAUGAAGGAGAUAUAUCAAUUAAAGGUGCAGAAUGUGAAGGUCGUGCAGUAAGUUUACUAUAUAAGCUAAUCAGCAAAGACUCAGUUCUUGUGACAGCGUGGAGUGGUGGGCAACUGCAGAUAGACGCCCUUGCGGAUGAAAUUCAACCUGUCUGGAAUCUUGGUAGUCCCCCACGUGUACAUGUUGAUCCGAACGACAAUAUUCUUGGACAUGCUAUGAUAUGUGAACUGAUCACCGGGAAGCUCUCCGAGGUGAAGCUUGAUCAACCACUUGAUUACACAGUUUGGUUGGGGCUCCCUCCCCCUUUGCUGAGACUGGCUAUUGUAGAUCUGGCCCUUCCAAAGAAGAUGGAGAGAUGUUCUCUGAUAAUGAUGUUUGUCGAUAAACUUAUGGAUGAAAGAAUUUAUGCUCUUCAUAAUGGAGGUAUAGACUCAAUUAUAUUGCAUUUUCUCCCAUUCACAAGUCAAAGCAGAGGACAGGACCAGACUAUGAAAACUCCCUCUGUUCAUCCUGUUCUGAAUACCUGCCAGGGAGACACUUCCAACCCAUUUCCGCUUUGUGGUUUUGCCUCAUUAUCUGAUUCAUUUGGAUAUUCUUGGAUUGUGGGAGUCACCAUUUCUCAGGAAUGUAUUGUUCUAGAAAUGAAGACUUGGAACCUUCAAGUCCCAGUUCAGUUUAGCAAUUUCCUAAAUGAGGGGAAAUUAGCUGCCACAGCGACAGGAGAGAAGAACGAAAGUGAAAGAUCCGAAAUUAUAAGCAAAAAUCUUCUCAGCGGACCUAAGGUGGUUCUCCUUCCUCAAUCCUCAUCAAAUAUGCGUUCUGUGACUGCUGAUUCGAUCGAAGGUCGGUCCAUGCUUCAUCAGUAUUUCAAGCUCUUCCAUGAAAAUUAUGUGGAGUAUGCACACACGGUAUACUAUGAGCUCAAGCAGCAUGGGCCCGAGUUGAAGAGGUUAAUUGACGAUCAGCAAGCUCGUUUAAGAGAGGCACAACAAAAGCUCUUAAAAGUAGGAGGGAAACAGGAACUAUUGGAGGACAGGAUAGAACGUGCAAUCAAACUGCACAAUGUUCUGGAAGAACGGAUAUAUCGGUUGAAGAACUUGCCAGGAGCUCACAAAAGGCCAUUGUCCAAAGCAGAAAGAGAGUUCAAAUCGACACUUGACCACUUUACAGGUGUGGAGGUGGAUGCUUUGCAUACUUCAAUCGAUACGCUAACUGCAAGACUAAGGAGGUACACCAAUUCUUCAAAGAACAACAAUCUAGUAAACCAACAGCACAAAAUUCACAGGAGAAACACCUGUGUUCAAGGCUCUCAGAUCUCCCAACUCAAAUCGUCGCUUGAGAAACUCUCCCUUCUCAAUGCCGAGAAUGCCAAAAAGGUUAAACUAGUUGAAUCUACAAUCAAAAGCAAGGAAGCGAACCGAUGCUGA